AUGGUAGACUGGAAUAACAGUGAUACUAUGGAGCCCAUAUUCAUCCUGAGGGGUUUUCCUGGACUAGAGAAUGUUCAUUCUUGGCUCUCAAUCCUCUUUUGUCUUGCAUAUUUGGUAGCGUUUAUGGGUAAUAUUACAAUUCUCUCUGUCAUUUGGAUGGAAUCCUCACUCCAUCAGCCCAUGUAUUACUUUAUUUCAAUCUUGGCAGUGAAUGACCUGGGGAUGUCCCUGUCCACACUUCCCACCAUGCUUGCUGUGUUAUGGUUGGAUGCUCCAGAGAUCCAGGCAAGUGUGUGCUAUGCUCAGCUGUUCUUCAUCCACAUAUUCACAUUCCUGGAGUCCUCAGUGUUGCUGGCCAUGGCCUUUGACCAUUUUGUUGCUAUCUGCCAUCCACUGCACUACCCCACCAUCCUCACCAACAGCGUAAUUGGAAAAAUUGGUUUGACCUGCUUACUGCGAAGCUUGGGAGUUGUACUUCCCACACCUUUGCUACUGAGACACUAUCACUACUGCCAUGGCAAUGCCCUCUCUCAUGCCUUCUGUUUGCACCAGGAUGUUCUCAGAUUAUCUUGUACAGAUGCCAAGAUCAACAGCAUUUAUGGGCUUUGUGUAGUCAUUGCCACACUAGGUGUGGAUUCGAUCUUCAUACUUCUUUCUUAUGUUCUGAUUGUUAAUACUGUGCUGGGUAUUGCAUCUCGUGAAGAGCAGCUAAAGGCAUUCAACACAUGUGCAUCCCAUAUCUGUGUGGUGCUCAUCUUCUUUGUGCCAGUUAUUGGGGUGUCAAUGGUCCAUCGCUUUGGGAAGCAUCUGUCUCCCAUAGUCCACAUCCUCAUGGCAGAUAUCUACCUUCUUCUUCCCCCAGUCCUUAAUCCUAUUGUCUAUAGUGUCAGAACAAAGCAGAUUCGUCUAGGAAUUCUCUGGAAGUUUGGUCUAAAGAGGAGGUAUUAA